UCGAUCUGUAUUACUAUUAGGCUGAUGAUAUUCAGUGAAUGCUGAAUCAGUGAAUGACAAUAAAUGAGAGCACUCCGAGAAGAAAAUGUCUGGGAGUAAUUCAGGACCAACUUUUCGAGUAGAUUUGCUACUUCACAGUUUGAAAGAAAUACAGCAAGAAAAGAAUUGUCUAGAAAAUAAACUUGCUGAGAGGCGAAGUAAAAGAAGAGAAUUGGAAAAUUUACUAGACAUAGAGAACAACAAGUUUUCCCAGAUGAAAGAAGGACAUGAAAAAAUGCAAGAGACCAUGAAGGUUGCACAACUUAAAGAGGCUCAGACACAGUCUUUGGCAAAUAGAAUGGAAGAAUCAAAUCAGGAAAUGAGAGAAAGUAUCAAAGAAUUGAACAAGAAACUGAUGAUAGAAAAGGAGAGGCAAACUGAGAACAUAGAAAACUUUCAAAAGGAAUUAUCAGACAUUGCCAACCGUCUAAUUAAUGCAAGGUCAUUUUAUGAAGAUUCUUCUCUGAACCAAGUAAUUGGAGAGGCAGAAUUUCACAAGACUGAUAUACAAAGCAAAGUUGUAAAUUGCCAUCAACAGUAUUUAGAUCUCCAACAAAGACUGGAAAAUUUAUCACUCCAUAACAAGCCUUGUGGAUAUGAAGAUAUUCCCAUGGAAUUUCGAAAAGAAAUAUGGGCAAUGUUUAAAGAAGAGAAUGCUGCUGCCAAGGAACUCUUAAAAAGGAACAGAGAGAAACUUCAGACCAUCAAGGAGGAGAUAACCUUAGCCUGAAAAUAUGAAUAUCAAUUACUUUUGAUCACUCCAAUGAUAUAACAGAAAAAAAAAAGAAAUAGCUUGAGCUUCCUUCACACAGCAAGUGACCCUAGGACUGCCAAGCUUGAAAAAAGUGUUUCCGAUUGCUCAAUAAGUUGAUAAUUAUGCAUUUGUUAACUGAUAUCAAGU